AUGAGUGACGUAUUCCUAGGCUUUAGGCCAAGGCCUAGCGACAUUUUGAUAGCUAUGAUGGGAAUGACCGGGUCUGGAAAGAGCACUUUUAUCUCGCUGUGCACUGGACAAGACGUUCCCGUUGGUCAUGAUCUGCAAGCUUACACCGAAGUUCUCAAAGAGAUUGCUUUAAGUCUUGCCAAGACAUAUGAAGACAAUGUCAAACUGAGCGGAAUUCUAUACCUCCAUAGGAUCACAGAUCGUCGUGUGGGAGGAUCUGCUCAAAAGAACCUCAUGAUGUUCCGGAAGCUCUGUGGCAAGGACAGUCUCAAGAACGUCAUUCUCGUCACUACUAUGUGGGAAGGCGAGGACGCAGCAACAGGAGAAAAGCGAGAGCAAGAGCUGAUCGCCACGGGUGGUUUCUGGGGAGCCCUGGUCGAGGAAGGCGCUCAAGUCAAUCGUCAUAAUAAUACCCGCUCAUCUGCCAUGUCCCUACUCAGGACUGUGGCCAAAAACAACCGAAUCACUAUUUCCAUUCAAAAGGAAAUGGUCAGUGAGCAUAAAAGUCUGAAUGAGACUGAAGCUGGUAUUGGUCUUAAAUCAGACAUCCUUCUAGCUGAGCAGAGGGUUAUGAAGGAGAUGUCAGAAGCGCUCGAAAUGGAAAGGCAAGCCAGAAGAGAUGAGGACGAACGGUCAGCGGAAGAACAACGCCAAUACCGUGAGACGAUGGAAAAGAAGUUCGAGUAUCUCAAUCAAGAGCGAGAGGAUCUCAAGGUCAGUCUACAAGAAAUGAAGGAACAAAGACGUCGCUUCAUAGCACUGGAAGGGAAGUACCAGAAAAGCCAAGAGCGGAUGCGCCAACAAGAAAAGAAGAUCGAGAGUCUGGAAGAGCAACCCAAAGUCCAAGAGCAUGAGAUGCUUCAACGAACCGAAGAAGCUAGCAAGGAACUACAGAUUCUUCGCCUUCAGCUCAGCGAGAGUGGGAAUGCUAGAAUGGGGGUGUCGAGAACGGGACCCCGAAGCUCAAUGUCUCAUUAUGUAGAGCCUUUCUGGGGUGUCACGUUGUUCCUGUCAGGAAGGGACUUCUUCUUUGGAAACAAAGGGGAAAGCUUUGAGUGCCGCCAAAACGACCUAAAACCAUUGAUAGGUGACAAUGAUAAACACAAGAUUUGUGCGCUUGGCGCCAACGGAUCAUGGCUCUACCACUAUCAUACUGGAACUGACCUUAACUGUUGGACAUGUUGGUCCGACUCGUUGGCGACCGAGUAUCCGAAACUCGUCGCAUGGCUCGAAAAGCACCAAAGGUUUGGAUGUCCCCGACACAUAAGCCUUGGUACCAGAGGUUACUUUUUUAUCACCAUGGUGGACAACUCGAGCUGCUGGCGCUUCCCAAAGUCCGUGUCUAGGGAUCUCGGCGAAUGCGAGUAUACCAUUGCAAAUAUCCGAAGGUUUUGA